AGCGACAGUUGUGUUGUAGUGUCAUGUAGUGAUUUAUUUUUACAGUAAGGAGGAGCGAAGGAGCGUUUACCCUACGAAGAAUAAGCAAAAUGGCGUCUGUUGAAAACAAACUGCAAGAGCUGCUAGUCACGCAACAUUUGUUAGAAAUAUUUGAUGAAUGUGGAGUCGAUUUUGUCGAUUUGCUCAGGAUUACGACUGAUCAACUUCGCAAGUCUUUAGAACCAACAAAAAUACCUUGGAAAUAUCCAGUGUUGCAUGAAUUGAUUUCCUCUUGGCGAACACGAAAUGAUUCCAAAAUCGUUAGUUUACUAACGUCGCUGAAACCAGGGUACCACCUGCGACUUACCGGAGCAAUUAAUAUUGCUUCUUCAUCGGUUGCAUCUACCGAGAUCACAAGCGAGAGUAAUCAGUUCGAUCAAAAUUUCUCUCAGUUCUCAUCUAACGAGGCUUCCAAAGGAAGCGAUUCGGAUUAUGGACAUGGUUUAACCUCAACAUCAACAACUCCGGAAUAUGUAUUAACAACAUUGCCUGUUCGUUUGAAUAAACCAGCAGCAGUUUUUUCUACUUCAAUUCAAGCCACAUCAUCAGCCGUUCACAGUAAAACGGAUGCGCUUGAUGAACCCCCAUCGGAUGUUACCUGUAGGUCUGUGGAAACCAAUGAAAACAAACACGAAAAGCAAACGCAAAACGAGUCCCAAAUUGAAUGUUUAAUAACGUCACUGGAGCCAGGAUACCGUCUGCGGCUUUCCGGUGAAGCAAAUGUUGUUCGGUCCUCGGUUGUGUCGACUAAGAUCACAAGAGGGAGUAAUCUGGUCAAUCAACGGAUCUACCAGGUUUCCUCUAAUGAGGCUGCAAACCUAAACGAACCAAACCAUCAACUUCCUUCAACUUCUACGAAUGAUAAAUCCGGUUACUUUGCCCAAGGCUUUGUCAUAGUAACGUCAUCUGCUCAUGUAAAUCAACCAGGAACUGGUUAUUCUGAUGCCAUCGGAACCACAUCGUCAGCCACUGACAGUUAUACGGAUGCGCUCAUUGUAUCGUUAGCAGACGAUACAAUUCGGUCUUCAGAAUCUGGAAACAGUUUGAACGAAGCAGAGCAAUUCAGCAGAAAAGUGCUCUUCCAUCAUUUAAACAGACCAAUCCCAACAAAUUCGCCGAAUCCUCUUCGACCGCUUUAG